AUGUAUGAUGGAAUUGUGGAUAUAGGAAAAGGAAAUGUAAGAAUAGGAAAAUUAGAAGUGAAAAUAGAAGACGAAAAGAUCAAGAAAGACCCGGAUAACGAAAUGGAAAUUAACGUUUGUCAGAAAUGGGGGAAUGAGGAGUAUUGGAAAAUGUCAAAAUUAAAUUGCCCAGAAGAGUGGUCGGAAAAGGUAACAGGAAUACUGAAGGAAAAUCGUGAACUUAUCAAUGACGAAGUGAGAAUGGCGAGAGGUUACGAACACACGUUGCAAGUGGAUGAUAGGAAAAUGGGGAAAAUCCAAACGUAUUCGGUGCCUUUCCAUUAUCGAAAUGAAGUAAGAACCGUGUUAACGAAAAUGACCGAAGACGGAAUAAUUGAGAAGGCCACAACUAACAUUAUCAACCCGCUUGUCAUCGUGAAGAAGAAGAACGGCUCGCUUCGUUUAUGUUUAGACGCGCGCGAACUUAACCGACGGACAACACCUCAAAUGGUGUUAGAUUUUGAGUUUGGGUUUAAAGUUUUAGUUAGGGACGAUAGGGAUCUCAGGCCGGAGGUGGGGGGCGGCGCCUUUUUGAAUCUGGACAGGGCGGCUCGCGUGUUAGGGUCGGUUGGUUAA